AGCAUCCCGUCGAUACCCUGCGUAUAUCUGCCGCAAACACCAGCAUAGACGCGCCAAAGCCCAGCACAAGCCCUCAUCAGCUGACUCUUGCAGCGAAGCAAAGCAUAGUAUCAACAACACAAGGGCCACAUCGGCAGUUGCUUUCGCCCGCAGCUUUGUGCGGCAUAUUACCCAGUAUAAAACCCAGCUACCCCGCCAGCGCACUUAGACGCAUAAUCUCUACGAAUCAACCAUCCUUUACAGGCGGCACAAGGCAGCCUCAACUCUCUUCUCCAAAAUGGCGAGCCACAGCCCGCACGACUAUGAAUAUUCCCGGCGAUACUUGCGCGGGGACAUCGUGGAUGAACGCGAUCCUCGCUACUUUGACAACUAUGGCGAGCCCAACGUUCGGAACCGCGAUCUCGUUCCCCGCGCAGACCCUCGCGACAGCAGCCUCUCUGUAGAGGAGGUUCGCCGCGACUUCCCCCCGCCCAGUGGACGAGACUAUGUUCACAGUCAGGAUGUACGCCGUGCUCGUUCUGCAGAGCCCGGCUACUACCAGGAGGACUACGAAUACCGCCGCACUUAUGGAUCGCGGCUCGACGCCCGGGAUAGUGACCGUCACUCGAGGUACGCCGGCAGCAGCCACGGAGGCGAUGACCGUGAAAGAAAGCCCAAGCAUACCAAGACUUUGUCGAAGCAAGAGAAGCUCAUUGCUGCUGUUGCCGGCGCUGCCCUCCUUGUGGGCGGCAAGGAGCUCUAUGACCGCCAUGAAGCAAAGAAGGAGGGAAAUGGCACCCCGAUUCAGCGCAACGCUCUCCAGUCGGCUGCCCUCGCCGGUUUUGGUGCUCUCGCUGCUUAUUCAGGUGCCGAGUUCUACAGCAAGCAACAAGCAAGGAAGGAUCAAAAGGCAAACUAUAUUCUCCAGCGUGGCCGAGACGGCCGCCUUGAUGAGUACUACGAGUCGGAUGAGGAGAGCGAUACCAAGAAGGGCCACAAAAACUUCCUUGAGAGUGCGUUAGCUGCUACCGGUCUUGGAGCGGCCGUCAAGAGCCUCACUGGCCUAGGAGACGACAAGCACUCUGAUACCAGGAGCCGCGGUGGAAGCCCUGGCUCCCGCAGCGUUCGCUCCCGCUCGAGCUCCAGAAGCGGCAGAGGUGCCAGCAAAGUUCAAAAGGCGGCUAUUGCCUCGCUACUUGCUGGAGCCACCGAGGCUUUCCGGGUUGCCAAGGAGCCCGGCGGCUGGAGGGGAGAAAAGACUAAGCGAAUUCUCACUGCUGCCGCCGGUGCCGCCACUGUGGAUGCCGCUCACGGCGCAGACCAUGGAAAGCUGGGUCUCGCCGAGUCGGUCAUCGGAGGUCUGGUCGGUAACCGCUUGAUCAACGGCUCCAGGAAUGAUAUCGAAGAGGACCGUCGCACAGGCAGAAGCCGCUCCCGAUCUCGUGCACGAUCAAAGGAUGGCCAUGGAGGCGUCGGCCUCGCUGCACUUGCAACGGCCGGAUUGGGCGCCCUCGGUGCCAAGAAGGCCUUUGAUCGAUCGCGAUCCCGUGGACGCGACAGGAGCGAUUCUAGAGACGCCUCGCGAGAUCGGGAUCGUCACCGCAGCCGAAGCCGCAGCGUCGUGGACAAAGCGCGAGACGGUCUUGCCAAGCUAGGCUUUGGCAGCGGCGCUCUCGUCGCUGCUGAUGACCGUCGCCGACGCGACUAUGAUGACGACUAUGAUGACCGGAGCUCACGCCAUUCUGGUCGAAGAGAUGAUGACCACGUAUACGACGAUCCCAGAUACCGCCGCCGCGGGCACCGUGGGGAAUCCCGUGAUCGCUCCCGUGAUCGCUCCCGAGACCCUUCUCGAUCUCGGGAUCAGUCACGCCGGAGGGGCGGUUACGGAUCCGAGUCCGAUCUAGGAGACUCUUCUGAGGAUGAGAGAAGGGCCAAGAAAAUGAGAGAUCACCGACGCUACUGAGUGCUUGUUCUUUCUGGAGAAUAAGGAAUGCAUCCGAGAGGAUGGAAACAUGGUCAUUGCGGAGAACCAACAUGCUCGAGCACGGCCGAAUCUGGCAAUUUGCAUGGAGGGUUGCACAUCUUCAUGUAGGUCAGCAUGAGAAAGGCGCGGGCUUGACGAAUCCUUGGACAACGGCCAUGCUAGGUAACGUGAGAAACUCUGGCUUUGGCUGAAGCAGGAUGGGAUGGGCGGCUUCGGCAACGACGGCCCGACGUGGGCGAUGGCGAUGAAGGGUAGAUCUACGAUGAUUGGGACAUUUGGGCUGGAAAACAGGUUGAGGGACGAAACUCUCGGAUGGCUUAAACUGAUUUCCUUGGAUGUGGGGGCCUGGCAAAGCUGGACCCCAACUUAUGAAUCAUGAAUGCUGACGUUAAUGAUUGCUUUUAUGUUUGUUAUAUAAUGGAAAGGUAGAAGAUAAAAAAAAAAAGUGUGUGAUUAAUAUAUGACAUCAAGU